AUUGAUUUUUUCAUAACAGGAUACAGUCAAGAUGACUUGCAAAUGUUGUUAGAGCUAGCCGUAAACUUCAUAGGCAAGAUUAGACACGCGUCAUGUUUAUAUCUUUAUCGCAAUAAAAGAAGAGAACAUUUCGAAAGAGUGGAACAGUUUCAUGGGAACGUGUUGAAGCCAACCUUGAAGGACCACUCAGGCGAUCAAAGAUCUCCAAUCAACGGGAAAAUUUAUGGUUCCUUUUUCACGGCCAACGUGCAGCUUGGAAGCGCCUCUGGUGAACCAUUUCGUAAAUCUCCAUUCGGAGAUACUCGCUUAUUGUUGCCCGUGCAAUAUUUUAUUGACAAGAACAGUUGGCGCACAAAUUUAUAUUUUGCUGACUUUUACUGCUUACACCACGAACAUCACUACGUUACUUUAGUUGUUACUCAGAAAUAUUCCGAAGUUGAUAUGUUUUGCUGGAGACAUCUGGUUAAUUUGAAUGUCAGGAGCAAUCCUUUUUUAUUCUACAAUAGUCGCAGAGGGUUUCAAGUUGUAGAUAUGAAAUAUUUGACUGUGGAAGUUUAUUACACGCACGAGGUCAAUUAUUUGGUUUAA